AUGUCAUCAGUUUAUGGGAAAGGUGGAAUUAGUUUAUAUCUGAUGAUUGCAGGUGAUGAGGGAAAGAAGGUUCGAGUACCAGUAACAAUUAUAAUUUUAGAUGAAAAUGAUAAUGUUCCUCGUUUUCAACAAAGAAAUGACACAUUAAAGUUCUUUGUGACUCUAGAAGAUGUAGUAGGCAGUGGAAAUGAUAAUAAUUUGUUAACUAACUUUUAUACCACUCUUCAUAAAAGCUAUACAGGAGUACUUUAUUAUGUUCAAGUAGGUUUUGAAACCUCUUCAGUGGAUAUUACACUGUUAAGUUGCCAGUACUAUUAUAGUUCAUCAAGCUAUCCCAGCAUGCAUCGACAUAUNGCAUCAAUAGGAACGAUAGUUUUCAAAGGAAUUAAUGUAACUGAUGCUGAUGAUAUUGGAAAUGUUCUUCAAGUCAGUUGUUCAUUUCAUGCUCAGUUUCCAGAUGCAUGUGAAAAAUUUAAUAUUGUCAGUUAUUCUGCAACACCACACAAUGUUUUAGCUCAUCUUAUAUUAAGAAAACAACUAAAUUAUGCUGAAAGGCAUAUAUAUCAAGUUAAAUUGCUUGCCACAGAUGGAAGCCAUAAUGUUACAACUGCUGUAAUUGUCAAUGUUGGAGAUGUUCAAAAUCAACCACCUAUUUUCACUAGUUCUUUAACAGGAAUUGUGAAUGAAGAUGAUCCAGUGGGAACACUUGUUAUGACAGUAACUGCUAAAGAUGGAGAUCAAGGAAUACCCCAUGAAAUAGUUUAUGAAUUAUUAACAAAUCCUGAAGAUUCUUUUGCAAUUGAUUAUAAAUCUGGAGAAUUAAGAACAAUAAAACCAUUGGAUAAAGAGCUAUAUUCUUCUACUAAUGGUGUUAUAAGUUUAAAAAUAAAGGCUAUUGAAUUAAUUGAUGGAAUCCCUGGAAAUGAUUCCGAAACUGUCGCUGUUGAGUCAGUAACAAUAACUAUUAAAGAUGUCAAUGAUGAAACUCCUACUUUUAACAGAAUAAGUUAUACAGCUAUUGAAUUAAUUGAUGGAAUCCCUGGAAAUGAUUCCGAAACUGUCGCUGUUGAGUCAGUAACAAUAACUAUUAAAGAUGUCAAUGAUGAAGCUCCUACUUUUAACAGAAUAAGUUAUACAGUAAAUGUUAAUGAAAAUGUACCAAAUGGUACACCUUUACCUAAUUUGGAUAUGUUUGUACAAGAUCCUGAUGUUGGUUCAAACUCAGUAUUCCAUAUAAACAUCAUAGAUUCAUCAAAUAUAUUUAGUGUAGAACCACACAUUGCCACUGGCUCAACAUCUAUCAGUAUAAGAGUAAUGAAUGGACCAUUAGAUUAUGAAAAUCCUAAUCAAAGAAAAUAUAUUUUAUUGGUUACAGCUGUUGAAGCAUUUACUGAUCCAAAAUUGUCAAGUACUGCAACAGUAACUGUUAACAUCUUAGAUGUUAAUGAUAAUUUGCCACAGUUUGAAAAACAAAAAUAUGAAGCAACUAUUAUCGAGAAUGCAUCUGCUGGAACUGUAGUAGGAACAAUAAUGGCAACAGACAGAGACACAGGAAUAUACGGAGAAAAGGGAAUUGUAUAUUCAUUGUUUGGUAAUGGAGCUGAAAAAUUUUCUGUGAAUCCAAAUUCAGGAAUUAUUACAGUUGCACCUUGUGAGACACCAGGAACUGGAAAUUGUUUAGAUUAUGAACUUCGUCCUUCUUAUUAUUUAUCAUAUCAAGCUACUGAUAAUAAAGGAAAAGGAAAAACUGCAGUUGUUCCUUUGGCUGUUACUCUUGUAGAUGCUAAUGAUAAUCCUCCUGUAUUUUUGCAAGAUGUUUAUACUGCUAUAAUUGAUGAGGCAGCAAAUAAAUUCCAUCCUCCAUUACAAGUAAAGACAAAAGAUGCUGACAUUACUUCAGUUGUGACUUACAAAAUAAUAGCUGGAAAUAAUAGGAAAUUAUUUGCAGUACAUCCAAAAACUGGCGAAAUUACAAUCACUGAUCCUUCAGGAUUAGAUGUUUCUUCACUUCGAACAGAUCUUAUUGUAUUAACCAUACAAGGAUCUGAUGGAGGUCCAAAUCCUGCAACAACAACUGUUAAAAUUACUAUUCGGGAUUCAAACAAUAAUAGUCCAUUUUUUCAAAAACCAAAAUAUUCUGCUUCUCUUCCAGAAUCAUCUCCUGCUGGUACAAUUGUGGAACAAGUUUCAGCAAGGGAUGAUGAUACUGGAAUUAAUGCACAAAUUUCUUAUCGAAUUCAAAAAGGUGCCUAUGAAGAUUUUGCUGUAAAUGCUUCAACUGGUAUUGUCACAGUAGCAAAAGAUUCAAAGUUAGACUAUGACAAUAGAAGAGAAUAUAACAUAGAAAUUAUAGCAAUAGAUGGUGGAAUUCCAGUAAGAACAGGCACUACUACUUUAAAUGUUCACAUUCUAAAUAAUAACGAUAAAGCUCCUUAUUUUACUCCAAGUACACAAAGAACCCAAGUUUCAGAAGGAGCUGAACCAGGAUAUGUGUUCUACAAAUUAAAAGCUAAAGAUCCUGAUGUAAAUACUCCAGAAUCUUUAAAAUUUCAAAUAACAGAACCAAUAACUGCAAUUGAUAAGGAUGGAAGGCAAAUUAAUCAAUCUAUAAAAAUCUAUAAGUCAUUUUUUGACCUAAAUUCAAAUACUGGAGACAUUCGUGUUAACCGAAGAUUAGACAGGAAUAUAGCAGCUAUUAUCACUUUAACAGUCACUGUUACUGAUAUCAGUGCAAUUCCACAACAAACUGGAACUGGAACACUUGUUGUGACAAUAAUUGAUGUUAAUGAUUUUCCACCAAUGUUUGCAAAACCUUGGUCACCAGAUCAUCCAGAAAUAACAAUAAAUGUCAUGGAAGAACAACCUGUGGGAAGUAUUGUAACAACCAUGGUUGCUACUGAUCCUGAUUCUAAUAUUGCUGGAUAUGAAUUGGUUUCAGAAAAUAAAUAUUUUAAUAUUGAUAAAACUUCUGGUAUACUCUCUGUGAAAAGUAGAAUUGAUUAUGAAGAUAUCACACAAGUUAAAUUUACAGUAAUAACCUAUGAUACAGGAGUACCACAACUUUCUGCAAUUGCACUAAUUACAGCAAAUAUUAUUAAUAUCAAUGAUAAUGAUCCUGUUUUUUCAGAGAAAUCAUAUCAUGCAACACUUAUGGAAAAUUCUUCACCUGGAACUCUUGUUAUAAAUGUCAAAGCUACAGAUUUAGAUGUUGGAGAUUUUGGAAAAAUUAAAUAUUCAUUAUUAGGAGAACGAAGCAACAAUUUUAUAAUUGACCAAGAGGGAAUGAUCUCUGUUGCACAGGGUGCCAUAUUAGAUCGAGAAUCAUCACCAAGUUUUACUAUUCAAAUUCAAGCAACUGAUAAAGGUUCAGAUAUUAGCACUAGAAGAACUACAAGUGUGCCUCUUUACAUUACUUUAGAAGAUGUCAAUGAUGAUGUCCCAAAAUUUAGUAAUCAUGAAUAUGAAGCUUCAAUUGUAUCAAAUAUUCCUUUAGAUCCUCCAAGUCCUGUCAUACAGAUAUCUGCAAUUGACAAUGAUGAAGGAUAUAAUGCAAUUAUAUAUUAUGAUAUAAUAGAUGGAGAUGAUGAUGGAAUAUUUGGUAUUGAUCCAGAAACUGGAAUUAUUUAUCCAACUAAAUCAUUACGUGAUAACAGAGUGCAAUAUAAAUUGAAAGUUGAAGCUCGUGACAUGAAUGGUACAGGACCAAAUGCUGAUGAAGCUGUUGUUUAUAUAAAAAUUGUAGAAGUGAAUCAAGAUAAACCUAAAUUUAUAGUACCAGCACUCCUAAAUGCUACAGUGGAAAUACCUGAGAAUCAAAGUAUUCCAAACUUUUUAAUAAUGAUUGUAAAAGCUAUUGAUAACGAUAAAGGAGAAAAUGGAAGAAUAUUAUAUCAUUUAAAAGUUAAUGACAAGAAUAUGGAGGAAACUUCAGAAUUUCAUUUAAAUCCUAUUACUGGUGAAUUAAGAACAAAAAAGAUUUUAGAUAGAGAAGAAAAAGACAGAUAUGAGCUUGUUCUAGCAGCAAGAGAUAAUGGUUCGCCAAUGUCAUUUGAAACACUUCAGUUUUUAACAAUUGUAGUAAAAGAUGUAGAUGAUAAUGUUCCUCAGUUUCAACGAUCUCAAAGCACAAAUCCUUAUAUAUUCACAUUAGAAGAAAAUUUAGGAGCAGGAACUCCAGUUGGACAAAUAUCAGCUGUUGACCAGGAUAUUGGAGAUAAUUCACUAAUUUAUUAUUAUAUUAUUGAUAGUGACAGCAAUAAUAAAUUCAUUAUUGAUAAGAUAUAUGGAAUUAUCUCAUCUACAGUCUCUUUUGACAGAGAAGAGCGAAGUAUGUAUGAAUUAGUUGUCAAAGCCACGAGUAAUCCUGAUUAUAUUUCAUAUCCUCAAGAAGACAGUGGAACAAUAUCCCCUGGGAAAAAAACCUAUAAGGAAACUGAUCUUAGCUUAGCAUGGAUUCGAAUAAUGAUUACUGAUGUUAAUGAUAAUAUUCCCCAUUUUAUUGAUUCACCAUAUUUAGCUGGUAUACACAUGUCAACACAGAUAGGAGAUGUAGUAACCACAGUUAAUGCAAUUGAUCCAGAUGAAGGUUCAGACAGUAUCCUUAUGUAUAGAUUAGAAAAUGUAAAUCUAUUUCGGAGAGGUAUUCCUGGUAGUGUUAGACCUGUUCCUUCUCCAUUUAAUAUUUCAAAUGAUGGUAGAAUUAUAGCAACUCAACUGAUGUCUCAGUUUGAUCAUGGAAGAUUUCGAUUAUCAGUAGCAGCUAGAGAGAAUACAUAUCCACAUCGUGUAGCUAGAACUACAGUCAAAGUAAGUUUAUAUAGAAUAUUUCUUAAAUCAAUGGCACAAGCUGAAGGCUCAGUGGUCAAAUGGGAUGAAGCAAAUAUUAUUAAACCAGUGCAUUCUCCAACAUUGGCAAUAAGCGCUGAAAAGAUUGAGAUCUAUAAAGUUCGUAAUGAUGAAGUGGAUGCUGGCAAUACCACAGAAAACCCAUUAUGGAAUGAACAAAAAUUAAAACUAUAUGAAGAACAAGAACUUAGUAUGAGUAUGACUCAAGAUCAUGAUAACAUCAUUACUACAGAAGCAUCAAUAAAUUUCCAUGAUGAUACAGAAAGUGCCAUGUAUGCUACUUUAAGAAAGAGCAUUACAGGAAGUGUUGGUAGUAGCAGCCAAUUGGGAGAUUGUGCUGCUGCUGAUAGAAAUGAAUAUGCUACACUUAAUGGACGCUAUAGUUUAAAUGAAAGUUCUGCCUUACAAAAUGAUAAUAUACAGAGAAGGCAGAGAGCUCCUAAUGCAGAAGGGCAUGAAUAUCAUGAAUUACAUUCAAGACAAGAUGUUCCAUUCACAGAAUCAGCAGAAAGUAGAGAAAUUUCUAAUUUAACAAACAAAGAUUCUGCCAUAAACAGAUCAAAUUUAACUAUAGAUGAAGAUGGAGAACCUGUUUUAGUAGCUGAAUUAUUAUAGUUUGUAAAUAUAUUUAAAAUGCUAAAAACCCAAUAAUUUUACAGCAAGACAUUGUAAGAUUGGAUGUAUUUAUAAUAUAAUUAUUAUAUAAGAUAUUAACAGAUAUGUUUACUAAAUUCCUGUAAGGAAAAUAUUUUAGUAGUAAAAGGAGCAUCCUUUUUAGCAACUUACAUUUUGAUACCACAACUACUGUUCAUCUAAGCCUAUAUAUAACAUAUCAACAUAAGUCUACAUAUUUUCAUGUUUAACUUGAGCAUUAAUAAUCAUUGAUUCCAAUUUUGAGAGUACCAUAAACUGGGACUACUUUUUGAUGUCCUAUUAGAUUAACUUAUUUUCAAUAUGGAGGGUUUAUAUCCAUUUUAAAAUUUAUUUAUGGUAAGAUAGCACUGGUAACAUCACUGUACAGGCUAAAGCUAGAAGAUACAAGACAUGAUAUUUUCCAUUAUUGUGUUCCUUCUGAUUACACACCAAUUGAUUUCUUGGUUAAUGUCAAAAAGUAACUCCUCAACUCUAAAAUUAACCUCUAGCUUACACCAGCUAAACCAAUUAAAAAUGAAUUGCAUUUAAACUAUUAUUCUUGCUUAUUAUUAUCUAUAACUUAAACAUACUUUUAAUACAUUAAUGGUGUUGUUUUCUUGCAACUGAAGAAAGUAUCGCACACUUAAAUGAAGAAUCUAAUGAAAGCAUAUGAAAUGAAAUUGCAGAAUUGAGAUACAGACAGUGAAAUAAACAUCUCAUAUAAUGGAGAUUUAAUUUGGGUGAUAAAAAUAUUGGUAAUCAUGUAAUUGUAAUUUUUAGAGAGAAGUACUACAAUGAAAUUGUAACAUAAUGAAAAAAGUUGGUGUGUGCAUAUAAAUGCAAUGAAGUCUGUCUUUUUCUUCAGCCACUAACAAUAUUUUCCAACAAAGAAAUGGCUGAUUUGCUGUCUUGAUUAUUUUUAUUACUCUCUUAUUCUUGAAAAACAAUUUUCUACAUUCAAUAUCAUGUUUUUGGUAAUAAUAAUAAUUUAUUUUUUAUUGAAAGAUUAAAAAUUGCUUUUAUGAUUUAAAAAAAAAUGAGUGUGUCACAAAGUUACCCCAGUUUAUGGUAUGACAAGAAUUGUUUUUAAUAACUCAGGCAAAACUGCCUGAGUUAUUAAAAAUAAUGUAAUAGUUUUAUCAAUGUUUAUUGAUAAAACUAUUACAUUAUCAAAAUAAAAUCAAAGUAGUGAAUGAGGCUGGUUCUCUGAUAUUUUACAGCUCCUUAUUUUUAAAUCAAGUUUGGAGCAUACUAUAAAUUAUUGAGCAGUUUUGAAAUAAAAUGAUCUAUUUUUAUAUUUUAAAAAAUCUUUAAAUAUCCAUAAUUAAUAGUUGCUUUCUAAUUUUAUAUAGAAUGCAAUUAUUUGUGUAUUUAAAAGAAUGCAUCUAUAACAGGAAAUGACAUCAGUUUAAAACAAAAUUUGAAAACCAUCUUUUUUUUAUAUUUUUAUAAUUGUUUUAAUGAAAAUUUUAAACAAAGUUGUAGUAGGCUAAUUAGCCUUCAUACAAUCAUAAAAGCUUAAUAUAAUAAAUCAGACUAUUAAUAAAGAUUUUACUUACAUUUCACAUGAAAAUUUCAAAAAUAACACACAAAAUAAGACUGUCUUUCAGCAUUAAUAGCUUUCCUUUUUUAAUGUUAUUAGAUAUUAAGUAUGGUAUCUGUCUUAAACCUUAUCUCACAAUCAUGACAUAAAUUUAGUAGUACUGUGAUUAAGUUAAAGGUACAUUGAUUAAUUCAACAGAUUAACUAGAGUGGCUAGUUCAUCCUUAAUUUAUUCUAUUGUAUAAUAAUUGACAAAAUACUAAAUUAUUCUCAUGUAUUUCACUAGGCUUAUAUGUUUCUUAUAUUAUUAUUUUUAUAAAUGUUAAAUGUUAAGGUUUUAACUAUAAAUACAAUGAAUUUAAGUUUGUUUUGGAAAUUUCUUAAAAUUUUUCAUCGUUCAAAAAUAUUGACAAGGAUAGAACAAGUUAUAAUCAGAUAUUCAAUGAAUAUUUGUUUAUUUUAUUAAUAUUUGAAAAAUGCCAUUUUACAUCAUAACAUACUUCACAUUAAUCUGAGUGACAGAUUUUUCUAUUACACUGUUUUUGUUGUUACAAGUUUUGAAUUUAUUUUAGAACAAUAAAAAACUAGAUAUUUUCUGUUUUGAAUUAUUCAAAGAUUUGAGAAAGAUUGCUUUAUGAUUAUUUCUAAGUAACUGAAAUUGAUGCAUUUUUAUCUGAAAUAAUAUGUAAUAAUAAAAUUAUUGCCUUAAGUAGUAGUAGUUUGAAAAACAAGUGUCAAAAACAAACCAUUGAAUUGCCAACUGAAAAAUUAGAAAAUUUCAUUAUUUUUUUAUCCAUCUCAUUCUGUCAGUCUUUAAACAGAUUUUUUUAAACAAGAAACAGCUUUUUUUGAGUCUAUUUUAUGUUAUAUUAAGUAAGAAAUAUUGCUGUUUUAUUGAGAAGAGCCAUUUCUCUCAAGCUUUUAUCAUGCAGGUAUAUAUAAAAGUGCAAAAUAAAAAUAUUUAUAGUAUAUUAAUAAAAAUCUGUUUAUUAUUUUAUUAAAUCCUCAUUGAAUUGAAUGUGAUCUUAUUGUUUUGACAGAUUGAAAUGAAUAGGAAAAAUAAUUUAUUACAU